UCGUGGGCACCCUGGACGUGGUGCUGGACUCCAGUGCCCGCGUGGCCCCUUACCGCAUCCUGCACCAGACCCAGGACUCCCAGGUCUACUGGACAGUGGCGUGUGGUUCUUCCCGCAAAGAGAUCACAAAACACUGGGAAUGGCUGGAAAAUAACUUGCUCCAGACACUGUCCAUCUUCGACAGUGAGGAAGAUAUCACCACCUUCGUCAAGGGCAAGAUACACGGCAUCAUCGCAGAAGAGAACAAGAACCUGCAGCCCCAGGGAGACGAGGACCCCGGGAAGUUCAAGGAGGCCGAGCUGAAGAUGCGGAAGCAGUUUGGGAUGCCUGAGGGCGAGAAGCUGGUGAAUUACUACUCCUGCAGCUACUGGAAGGGCCGCGUGCCCCGGCAGGGCUGGCUCUACCUGACCGUCAACCACCUGUGCUUCUACUCCUUCCUGCUGGGGAAGGAAGUGAGCCUCGUGGUGCAGUGGGUGGACAUAACGCGUCUGGAGAAGAACGCCACCCUGCUCUUCCCCGAGAGCAUCCGUGUGGACACUCGCGACCAGGAGCUCUUCUUCUCCAUGUUCCUCAACAUCGGCGAGACCUUCAAGCUCAUGGAGCAGUUGGCCAACCUGGCCAUGCGGCAGCUGCUGGACAGUGAGGGCUUCCUGGAGGACAAGGUCCUGCCCAGGCCUGUCCGGCCACACAGGAACAUCUCAGCCCUGAAGCGAGACCUGGACGCCCGAGCCAAGAAUGAGUGCUACCGAGCCACGUUCCGGCUACCCAGGGAUGAGCGGCUGGACGGCCACACGAGCUGCACCCUGUGGACACCGUUCAACAAGCUGCACAUCCCUGGCCAGAUGUUCAUCUCCAACAACUACAUCUGCUUCGCCAGCAAGGAGGAGGACGCGUGCCACCUCAUCAUACCCCUGAGGGAGGUGACCAUUGUCGAAAAAGCCGACAGCUCCAGCGUGCUGCCCAGCCCCCUGUCCAUCAGCACCAAAAGCAAAAUGACAUUCUUGUUUGCCAACCUGAAAGACCGUGAUUUCUUGGUUCAGAGGAUCUCUGACUUCCUCCAGAAAACGCCAUCCAAGCAGCCAGGCAGUAUCGUUGGGAGCAGGAAAGCCAGCGUUGUGGACACUAACACAGAGUCUUCUCCAGCUCCUCAGGAGGUGCCGGAGCAGCCUGCCAGCCCAGCCUCUCCCCUCAGCAGCCGACAGAGCUUCUGUGCGCAGGAGGUGCCAACCGCAUCCCAGGGCCUGCUCAAGCUCUUCCAGAAAAACUCGCCCAUGGAGGACCUUGGAGCCAAGGGGGCCAAGGAGAAGAUGAAAGAGGAAUCAUGGCACAUCCACUUCUUCGAGUAUGGGCGCGGCGUGUGCAUGUACCGCACAGCCAAGACACGGGCACUGGUCUUGAAGGGCAUCCCUGAGAGCCUCCGGGGAGAGCUAUGGCUCCUCUUCUCCGGGGCCUGGAAUGAGAUGGUGACUCACCCCGGCUACUAUGCUGAGCUGGUGGAGAAGUCCACUGGGAAGUAUAGCCUGGCCACAGAGGAGAUCGAGCGAGACCUGCACCGCUCCAUGCCCGAGCACCCUGCCUUCCAGAACGAGCUCGGCAUUGCUGCCCUCCGGCGGGUGCUGACCGCCUAUGCCUUCCGAAACCCCACCAUCGGCUACUGCCAGGCGAUGAACAUCGUGACCUCGGUGCUCCUGCUCUAUGGCAGUGAGGAGGAGGCCUUCUGGCUCCUGGUGGCCCUGUGCGAGCGCAUGCUGCCCGACUACUACAACACCAGGGUGGUGGGAGCCCUGGUGGACCAAGGCAUCUUUGAAGAGCUCACAAGAGACUUCCUGCCGCAGCUCUCAGAGAAGAUGCAGGACCUGGGGGUGAUCUCCAGCAUCUCGCUGUCCUGGUUCCUGACCCUCUUCCUCAGUGUCAUGCCCUUCGAGAGCGCUGUGGUCAUCGUCGACUGUUUUUUCUAUGAGGGCAUCAAGGUGAUCCUGCAGGUGGCCCUGGCCGUCCUGGACGCCAACAUGGAGCAGCUGCUGGGCUGCAGCGACGAGGGCGAGGCCAUGACCAUGCUGGGCAGAUACCUGGAUAAUGUGGUCAAUAAGCAGAGUGUCUCUCCUCCUAUCCCACACCUCCAUGCUUUGCUGACCAGCGGCGAUGACCCCCCUGCAGAGGUGGACAUCUUUGAGCUCCUGAAAGUGUCCUAUGAGAAAUUCAGCAGCCUGAGGGCCGAGGACAUCGAGCAGAUGCGGUUUAAACAGAGGCUGAAAGUGAUCCAGUCCUUGGAGGACACGGCCAAGAGGAGUGUGGUCCGAGCUAUACCUGUGGACAUUGGUUUCUCAAUUGAAGAGCUGGAGGACCUUUACAUGGUGUUUAAGGCCAAGCACCUGGCGAGCCAGUACUGGGGGAGCAGCCACACAGUGGCCGGCCGUCGGGACCCCAGCCUGCCCUACCUGGAGCAGUACCGGAUUGAUGCCAGCCAGUUCCGGGAACUCUUUGCCAGCCUGACACCCUGGGCCUGCGGCUCCCACACGCCUGUGCUGGCAGGUCGCAUGUUCAGGCUCCUGGACAAAAACAAGGACUCGCUGAUCAACUUCAAGGAGUUCGUGACGGGGAUGAGCGGGAUGUACCACGGGGACCUGACAGAGAAGCUCAAGGUGCUCUACAAGCUACACCUUCCCCCAGCUCUGAGCCCAGAGGAAGCCGAGUCAGCCCUGGAGGCAGCCCAUUAUUUCACAGAGGACAGCUCCUCGGAAGCAUCUCCUCUGGCCUCAGAUCUGGAUCUUUUCCUGCCCUGGGAGGCUCAAGAAACACUACCACAGGAAGAGCAAGAAGGAAGUGGCGGUGAGGACGUCCAGGAAAAGAGAGGAGAGGAGAAGGGGACCAGCUCUCCGGACUAUCGGCACUACCUUCGAAUGUGGGCCAAGGAGAAAGAGGCUCAGAAGGAGACGAUUAAGGAUCUUCCCAAGAUGAACCAGGAGCAGUUCAUUGAGCUGUGCAAGACGCUUUACAACAUGUUCAGUGAAGACCCCAUGGAGCAGGACCUGUACCACGCCAUCGCCACCGUGGCCAGCCUCCUGCUCCGCAUCGGAGAGGUGGGGAAGAAGUUCUCGGCCCGCACAGGCAGGAAGCCCAGGGACUGUGCCACUGAGGAGGACGAGCCACCAGCACCCGGACCCCAUCAGGACGCAGCCAGGGAGCUUCAGCCCCCAGCUGCAGGAGACCCCCAAGCCAAAGCCGGCGGAGACACACACCUCGGGAAAGCCCCACAGGAGAGCCAGGUGGUGGUGGAGGGGGGCAGCGGCGAGGGACAGGGCUCACCCUCCCAGCUGCUGUCUGACGAUGAAACCAAAGACGACAUGUCCAUGUCCUCGUACUCGGUGGUCAGCACGGGCUCCCUGCAGUGUGAAGACCUCGCAGACGACACGGUGCUGGUGGGAGGGGAGGCCUACAGCCCCACAGCCCGCAUCGGGGGCACCGUUGACACCGACUGGUGCAUCUCCUUCGAGCAGAUCCUGGCCUCCAUUCUGACGGAGUCCGUGCUGGUGAACUUCUUUGAGAAGAGAGUGGACAUUGGACUCAAGAUCAAGGACCAGAAGAAAGUGGAGAGACAGUUCAGCACCGCCAGUGACCAUGAGCAGCCCGGAGCUUCCAGCUGAGGCCUGCAGCAGUGAGGCCUGGCCCGAGGUGUCAUUGGUGGAACUGGCCUCAUCUCCUGCCUUUCCUCCCUUAUCAGUUUCUCUUGAAAGGUGUGCCCCUCCUGCUCUCCCAGGAGCAGUGAGUUGUGAAUGGAAAGAAGGCUGGUGCAGACCCAGCUGCCUUAGACAGAUUCCCUGGGCCUGCAUCUCCUGGCGCCGGCUGCUUCUGGGCCCAGGAAGAGGCUGUGGCUCCCACCUUCCUUACACCCGCUGGGAGCACGCCUUGCACCAGCUGCACACGCUUAGUGUUAGAGGCUCUCAGAUCUGCCCUUGCUUGCCUCAUACCUCCGUGCCCGCACUGUGGCCAGGCCAGCUGAGUCCCUCCAUCCGUGGAUGCUCUCCUGCAGCUGUGUGGUGCAGGGGUCUUUCCUGCCGCUUGGCACCAGGUGGGGGGCAUGUGCUUGUUGGGCAGCAAAGUGAUGGAACCCUCAGGUGCCCUCCGGGAGCCUGAACCUCCUGACUGAGGAACAUGGACAGACCACGUUUACCGCACAGAGUGGUCGCUGGGCUUAGGCGUGGCUGUACACACGUUCUCAGCUCAUCAUCCUUUCCAGUAACUUUAAAAGCACAUCCCUCAGGUCCUGAUAUAUUUCCCUGGAUUCAUUUCACUUGGCUAGAGAUUACACUGUGCUCAAUGCCUUAAUAAAUCCCUGAAAGAAAGAAAACCCACACUGUGUGCAAUGCCUUGCUGUGGCCCCCAACCACUGCUUAGGCCUCCCAACUUCUCCCCAGGCCAAGUACAGGGCCCUGGCUGCGUUCUGGAAGUUCAAGACACCUAGUCCUCUGCAGGGGGUGGAAGAGUGCAAGGCCUGCCAGGUCAGAUGGAGAAGCAGAACCUGUUGGUGCAGGCAGGGCAGGUCCUGACCAACCUGCAUCAGAGGAUGCCCUGAGCUCCACAGGUCUGUGGGCAGGGGUCAUGGGUCCUGGUGAAGGAAGUGCAUCCUCAGGCCUGGGCUGUAGCAAGCUGUCUGCCCUUGGGUUCAAGAACCAGACUGUGGAGCCACAGGUGACCAGAGGGGGCCCCGGGGCUGAGCCACAAGGAUACCCUCACUUUGCAGGAGGAGCUGAAACUGACCGGUGUCCAGUGUUUGCCCCCACAUGGGGCUACUCUUGCUUCUACUAAAAGAUACAGCAGUUACCCUCUUAUCCACGGGGGACACAGUCCCAGACCCCCAGUGGAUGCCUAAAACCACAGAUAACAAACCUUAUAUAUACUGUUUUUUCCUAUACAUACAUACCUGUGACUAAGUUUAUGAAUUAGGCACCUUAAGAGAUUAACAAUAAUAAAAUGUAACGGUUAUACU